CCUCAGCCGCAGGUGGUGAGUGUUUGCGGCUGUGGACGUGAGCACUCGGCGUGGGUGUGUGCGUGUGUGUGUGUGUGUGAGUGCCGCACGAGACGACCAGCUGGUGGUGGUUGUGACGUCAUCAUAACUUGUUGACGAGCGAUCAGCUGGUGCGGACCACGUGCUCCUUCUAACCCAUUUGGUUGGAUGAAUAAGUCAAACUCAUCCACAAGAAACAAAUACUUGGAUAGUUUCCCGGGUGUUAAUUGAGCCAUUCUAAGUGGAGAGAGAUAGGUAGUUAACUAUCCUUUCUUCGUCGGUUUUUAAAGUAAAACACAUAACAAGCAAUACACAUUUCCUGGAUUUUUAGAAUGAUGUCAUUCUGGCCGUAGACAUUCCCAGUGUUUAAACACGUUUUGAAAUGCAUUUGUAAACUCCCAUCAAACAACUACUGAACUACCGAAUAAGCAACGCCAUUCGCACGCUAAGACUAUCCUUCAGAUCAAACAAGAAUUACGUUAUUAUCGACAAACCGAAAUUAACAGUGAAGACAAUUUGACAUGAUAUAAAAAAAUUAGAAAAUAUAAAAGAACACAAAAUAUUUUUAUAAACACUUAACUGAAAGAGGAAUGAAGACUGAAAACUAAUGAAGGAAAAUUGUCAACAAAUUCAAUAUCAUUUAAGGCAAUAUACAUAAAACAGCGAUUUUUAAGUUAAGCAAAUUUAGCAUGAAGAAACAAUGAAAAAAAGACUUGAAAACCAACAUUCUGAAUCUACGAAUUUAAGCUAAAAAACACACACACACACACACACAUAUACUGGCUCCAAGAAAAGACUAAAAACAACACAAUUAUUUAAAGUCUGAGAAAAUGAAGUCUAUAAAACAGGUUUCAAUCCAACUGAAAAUGAAGACCUUGAUCAUUGAAAAGUUCAGGUUGUGUCAGUAACUGAGGAAACCCUUGAUUCAAGGUCACAGUUGUGGAGAACUACCAGAAAGUCCUCUAAGGGCGAAGAAACACACGUUAAUCUUCAAGGGUGUGGAAAGGUUUAAGACAAGAGUCAAACAAGAAACAUUCAGGUUAAUAUAAUUUUCCGCCUUGACUGCCAUUAAAGCAAUUGCUGUGUGGACCCCACGACCCCACGACCCCUCCGACCCCACGACCUCCCCCCCCCCGACCCCCUAUUGACCUUGGGGCUUUCUGUCCUUCAUCUCAUCCAUCUCUAUUCCUUCUUCGAUCUUCCCUCCUCUCUCCCUGCACAUAUUUCCUUCUAUCCCUCCCACUCUUUCCCAUACCUCCCUCUCUCUCUCUCUCUCUCUCUCUCUCUCUCUCUCUCUCUCUCUCUCUCUCUCUCUCUCUCUCUCUCUCUCUCUCUCUCUCUCUCUCUCUCUCUCUCUCUCUCUCUCUCUCCUCGCUGUGUUUCCCCUCCCCCCAAGACACCGCCAUGUUCCCGGAUAUGACCGUGGGUGACUUCAUUAACGUGGGCGGCUUCGGAGUGGGCGAGCGGGCGUGGGCGGAACUCAUGGGCGGCAUGGGCGGCGAGCCAGCUGGUGACCUGAUUCGAACAGGAGCCCCGAACGUGGUGUGCUCUGUGCUGCCCGCCCACUGGCGCUCUAACAAGACGCUUCCCAGUGCCUUCAGAGUGGUGGCGCUAGGGGCCGUGCAGGACGGGACGCUGGUCACCAUCAGAGCCGGUAAUGACGAGAACUGCUGCGCGGAGAUUCGCAAUAACUCCACCAUCAUGAAGAACCAGGUGGCCAAGUUCAACGACCUUCGCUUCGUCGGGAGAUCCGGCAGAGGCAAGAGCUUCCUGCUGACCAUCACCAUCAGCACUACGCCCCCUCAAGUCGCCACCUACACCAAGGCCAUCAAGGUGACGGUUGAUGGGCCCCGGGAACCUCGCUCCAAAACCCCGGUGAGUGGCGACGCUGACGACAGUAGCGACAAGUGGCAAGUGAAUGGGCGAGAAAGAGGGUGA